AGGUGCCCGACAUGGCGAGUGCUGUGCUGCCGAGCGGACCCCAGUGUGCGGCGGCGGCGGUGGCGGCGGCGCCUCCCGGUCUCAGACUCCGGCUUCUGCUGUUGCUCCUCUCUGCCGCGGCACUGAUCCCCACAGGUGAUGGACAGAAUUUGUUUACGAAAGAUGUGACAGUGAUCGAGGGAGAAGUUGCAACCAUCAGCUGCCAGGUCAAUAAGAGUGACGACUCUGUUAUCCAACUACUGAAUCCCAACAGGCAGACCAUCUAUUUCAGGGACUUCCGGCCUUUGAAGGACAGCAGGUUCCAGCUGCUGAAUUUUUCAAGCAGUGAACUCAAAGUGUCAUUGACAAAUGUCUCAAUUUCUGAUGAAGGAAGAUAUUUUUGCCAGCUCUACACUGACCCCCCUCAGGAAAGUUAUACCACGAUCACAGUCCUGGUCCCACCACGUAAUCUGAUGAUCGAUAUCCAGAAAGACACUGCGGUGGAAGGUGAGGAGAUAGAAGUCAACUGCACUGCCAUGGCCAGCAAACCAGCCACGACCAUCAGGUGGUUCAAAGGGAACAAGGAGCUCAAAGGCAAAUCGGAGGUGGAGGAGUGGUCAGACAUGUACACCGUGACCAGUCAGCUGAUGCUGAAGGUGCACAAGGAGGAUGACGGGGUCCCAGUGAUCUGUCAGGUGGAGCACCCGGCCGUCACUGGAAACUUGCAGACCCAGCGGUAUCUAGAAGUACAGUAUAAGCCUCAAGUGCAUAUUCAGAUGACUUAUCCUCUACAAGGCCUAACCCGGGAAGGGGACGCGCUUGAGUUAACAUGUGAAGCCAUCGGGAAGCCCCAGCCUGUGAUGGUAACUUGGGUGAGAGUCGAUGAUGAAAUGCCUCAACACGCCGUACUGUCGGGGCCCAACCUGUUCAUCAAUAACCUAAACAAAACAGAUAAUGGUACAUACCGCUGUGAGGCUUCCAACAUAGUGGGGAAAGCUCAUUCGGAUUAUAUGCUGUAUGUAUACGAUCCCCCCACAACUAUCCCUCCUCUCACAACAACCACCACCACCACCACCACCACCACCAUCCUUACCAUCAUCGCAGACACCACGGCGACGACAGAACCAGCAGUCCACGGCCUUACUCAGUUGCCCAAUUCCGCAGAAGAACUGGACAGUGAGGACCUCUCAGAUUCUCGAGCAGGUGAAGAAGGCGCGAUCAGGGCAGUGGAUCACGCCGUGAUUGGCGGCGUCGUGGCCGUGGUGGUGUUUGCCAUGCUGUGUUUGCUCAUCAUCCUGGGGCGCUAUUUUGCCAGACAUAAAGGUACAUACUUCACUCAUGAAGCCAAAGGAGCCGAUGACGCAGCAGACGCAGACACAGCUAUAAUCAAUGCAGAAGGAGGACAGAACAACUCCGAAGAAAAGAAAGAGUACUUCAUCUAGAUCAGCCUUUUUGUUUCAAUGAGGUGUCCAACUGGCCCUAUUUAGAUGAUAAAGAGACAGUGAUAUUGGAAUUUGCGAGAAAUUCGUGUGUUUUUUUACGAAUGGGUGGAAAGGUGUGAGACUGGGAAGGCUUGGGAUUUGCUGUGUAAAAAAAAAAGAAGAAGAAAGAAAGAAAGAAAUGUUCUUUGAAAAUUACACUCUGCUGUUUGACACCUCUUUUUUUGUUUGUUUGUUUUUUCAAUUUUUAUUUCUUCCUACCAAGUCAAACUUGGAUACUUGGAUUUAGUUUGGAUAGAUUGCAGAAAAUUCUGUGCCUUGUUUUUCGUUUCUUGGUUGUGUUCUUUUUUUUUUUUUUU